UCAACAACAGAUGUCAGCGUUGCGCAGACCUUUUGCAUGCGCUAUCUUUUCAAUUGCCGCAGGCAGAUUUGAAUUUUGAACGUAACAAAAUGUCUCCUCAACAACCCCAGUUCAGAAUUUCAUCAAAGUCGCUCAAGAGUACCGACAAAAGUUUCUUGCCUGCACUUGCCGAAGUGCUCUGGUCCUGGAAUCUUUGCUCAAAGUGUCUCUGUGGCAAACCCUGUGUCGCUGCAAUCUGUCCCUCGAGGCGAACUGCGCGACUUUCCCGCUAUCUUCAGUUCUGUCGCACAGCAAUCUCAAGCUAUACAGAUAGCUCUAUGGCAGGAACACGGAUACUGGAAACGUACGGAGACUUAUGGUAUACCAUCCGAACACUGAAGCUGAACCCCGAAAUCACCCGAACCGAGUUCCGCCAAUCACUGCUUUCCAAACGACCCAGACAUCCUGCUGAUAUCAACGGUUCGGACCUCGUACAGGCAACAACACUGGCCGUGAAGAUCCUCACCAUGAUCGAUUGCUCUGAGCUGCACGUAUCGUCUGACAUGCUUGAGAGGGGCGGUUGCAGAGUCCACUGGAGAGACGACGUACCAUUCGCCAAAUAUCUACAGGACCUCUUCCCAAUUGGCAAUCAUCCAGUAUUGAGCUACGCCGAUAACGAUUUGCUUGUCGAUAUGAAAUCCGACUUGAAAGCAGUCAAGUUACAAAAACACCUGGGUGUCACAUUCCGUCCCACAAACGACAUACGAGAUCAUCUCCGGUUCUAUAGGAAACAGAAUAUUGUUGAAAUAUACCACCAUACGGCUUUCGUUAAAGAGCAGCUGAGGUUGACCAAGGAGCCUGGGGAAUGGUCGAAUUCGGCUACAUGCAUUAAAGUAGGAGCACUACCCCGCCAACUAAUCCUCGAGGCCUUGGUGUCAGAUUGCUCGUUUGACCACGAUAUCCUUCAUUUUGAGUUCAGCUCGAUCCGUAGAGCUGGGGAAGAGAAUGUGACAUAUAUAUUUCUCGCUGAUCGGCUCUCGGAGUUAUACAAUGAGUUGCAUAAUCCUCGACCCCGCGGGUGGCUGAACAGGCAAAUAGAUCGAAAGAGUAGCGCAAGACACAUGAUGAUGGCAACUCUUCUCGGGGUGCUUUUCGCCAUCUUUCUAGGUAUGAUGUCUUUGGUGGUGACUUGUUACCAGACUUGGAUAGCAUAUCAAGCCUGGAAGCAUCCAGUACAGGUGCUGCUUCCCGUUGGCUAG